GCGUCUCCCCAACUUUCCCUACCACCUUGAAACUUUUGCUGCGAUGUCGGAUGAUGAGUUUGGAAGCGAGGACUGGGGAGAUGUCGAUGAAGAGGCACUGAUAGCAGCUACGGAUCAGGUGGAGCAAGAGCAAGCGAUUACCCCUUCUAUUUCGUCUAUUCCUGCUCCACCAACUCCAAUACCGGUAGCUCCCCCGCAGCGGAAGCAGAUCGAUCCGGCUGCGGGUGGCACUAGCGAUGCUCCUCUGUUCCUCGACAGCGAUUUUGACGACUCUGACGAUGAGUUCCGGGACCCGCCGAGAGUCAUUAGAGCAGUACCAGCAGCACGUACCUCGCUUGUUCGUUCUUCUAGCGGGGGGUUUCGACAGAGUACGCUAUUCGGAGAUAUUGUUGAGGAGGAUGGCAGUCAACCUUCGUCUAUCCCGGUUCUGCGUAGUUGGCCUCUUAUGAAUACGCAGGAGCCGCCAACGCAUCACAAGAUUGACAGAGAAGCGGCAAGGACAUGGAUUUACCCGGCAAAUAUUCCUCAUCGAGACUACCAGUAUUCUAUUGUCUCUAGAGCCCUUUUUUCCAACGUCCUGGUGGCGCUCCCGACGGGUUUGUCUCCUCAUCCUGUUGCCUGAGGUUUUUUUUUUCUACUCCGGAGGAGGUUGACCGGUUGGAUUACUCUAGGUCUCGGCAAAACCUUGAUUGCAGCGACCGUCAUACUGAAUUUCUUCCGCUGGGCGCCUGAAAGUCAGAUUGCCUUUUUAGCACCUACGAAGCCGCUGGUGGCGCAGCAGAUUGACGCAUGCUUCAACAUCGUUGGGAUACCUAGGAGCGCAACCGCGGAGAUGACUGGCAAUGUCAACGUGCAACGGCGUCGGGACAAUUGGGAAGAGAAGAGAGUUUUCUUCCUCACUCCACAGACGAUGCAGAACGAUAUAGCAAAGGGGAUUUGUGAUGCAAAAAGGGUUGUCUGCUUGGUCAUUGACGAAGCGCACAGGGCCACUGGUAACUACGCUUACGUUCAGGUCAUAAAGCUUUUACGGAGGGUGAACAACAGCUUCCGCGUCUUGGCUUUAACAGCUACGCCUGGUUCCACUAUUGAUAAGGUCCAGGCGGUAAUCGACUCUUGCGGCAUUGCGGGAACGGAGAUCAGGAACUUGGAAUCCCUGGAUAUUCGACCGUAUGUUCACAAGAGGUUCCAGCAUCUCCAGGUCUUUGAACUCACGGAUGAAAUGGUUGAACUACGUGACUUGUACUGCAAGUGCCUGGAACCUCUUCUCAAGAAGUUGAAUGAUGCUAGGGCGUACAGGGUAUUGGAUGUCAAAGCAAUAUCGAUGUUUGGUGUUCAACAGGCUGGCCGGGAGUGGAUGGCAUCUAAUGCGGGAAGAGAUGCUAGUCCAGCCUUCAAAGGAAUGAUGCUAAAUGCCUUUGCCACGCUAUCAUCUCUGGCACUCCCUUUGCAUUUCUUGACGGAGCACGGGGUCCGGGUGUUUUUCAACAAACUAUCUGAAGUGCAGGCGGAAAUCUUUUCUAGCCCUAACGGGGGCAGUAAGACUAAACGGGACAUAAUAAACGACGAGAACUUCCGCAGGGUCAUGAGGAAGUGCCAGGAACUUGUUUCGAACAAAGAAUACUCUGGACACCCCAAGCUUGACUAUUUGGCGUCUGUUGUGUUGAAACAUUUUUUCGAUGCCGAGGAUGCGGAGACCAAAAGGGAGACUAGAAUCAUGGUCUUUACGAGUUAUCGGAGCAGCGCUGAAGAGAUCGUACGAGUUCUGAGUAAGCACGAACCGAUUGUCAAGCCCCAUAUCUUUGUUGGACAGUCGGAUGGGAAGGUGGUGGAAGGGAUGAAACAGAAGGAUCAGAUAGAGGUAACUGAUGCUUUGACCUCGCAGAGGUUGAUGGAACUGACAUUGGCAUUAGGUGAUCAAAAAAUUUCAGGAGGGAACUUAUAAUGUCAUAGUAGCCACCAGCAUUGGAGAAGAAGGAUUGGAUAUUGGGGAAGUUGAUAUGAUCAUUUGCUAUGACCAGCAAGGGUCCUCUAUCCGGCUGGUAAAUCGCUCUCUUCCUGCUCUUUUUUUUUUUAAAAAAAAAAGAAAAAUUGGUUGCUAAACAAAGCAAAGCUUCAACGGAUGGGAAGAACAGGUCGUAAACGGGACGGCCACGUCCAUAUCCUUCUCACCCAGGGCAAGGAAGAAGAUAAUUUCAGGAGGGCAACGAGGGAUCAUGAAUUCAUUCAAGGCGAAAUUGAGUCCGGAAAGCGGUUCAACUACCAUCAUGACUUAUCACCACGGAUUGUCCCGAGGGAUGUUGAAUGCACUGUUGAUAGGAAGGUCAUUGAGAUACCUACCGAGAAUACUGAACCUGGGCCUCCGAAACGGAAGUCAGCUGCGAAGGGGAAGCAGACUAAGAUCACAAAGAAGUUUCUCAUGCCCGAUGGGGUCGAAACCGGCUUUGUGAAGGCUUCAAGGAUAGGAAAGGAGUCUGAUCUGGAGGAUGAGGAAGAUGAUAUACCUGUCGAGAAGGAGUCUCCCGCGCCAGACAUCCCUGACCCAGAGACUGGCCUAUUAACUAAAAGUGAAGAGAAGAAGCUCCAAAGAACAUACCAAACGGACUGGAGUGGAGCCGAUGAUGGAGUCCUUGUUGUAAACCCACCUCGAACGGACGCAUUCCCGGAGCGCCAGAGGACUCUCACGAAAACCCACCAUGUCCGACACGGUCGCGCCACUAAAUCCAUGGCAAGGGCUUUGCAAAGAAUGCACAAUAUGGACGAGGAGGCGAUAAAGAAAUACCAAUCCAAUCUUGACAUGACACUCGUCGCCCCGCCCCCACAACCGCCGAGGAAGCUCCUGACAAAACCCUUCAAACCAGUGACCCCAAGGAAUAGGACCGGUCUAUCGGAGCGCCCCAGCAACGCUCCGAAACUGAAGCAAACAUUUGUGUCCAAGCGAAAACGAGAGAGCGCCUCCCCGCCGGACGUGGAAAUGGCCGACGCACCCCCAAUGAUCGACCUGGUUAGUUCUCAGGAGGAGGAUGACGUGCCCAUGGCCUCGGACGCGAACGCUGAUUCCAGUGGCACAGACAGCGACGUCGGAGUUUCCAAGAGGAGGAGAAAGUUCGUUACCGACACUUCGGAGGAUGACGAUGGCGAGGAGGGGGGCGAAGAUUUCCCAGACGUUGGGCAGAUGCUGGAGAAGUGGGCUCCCAAGAAGGCGAUUAUGCUCCCGCCGAAGAAAACGGUCAAUAGGUUGCCAAGGAACUUGAGAGGGAAACCUGUGCUAAAGGCUACCUUUAGCCGCACAAAGAGGAGGAAGGUUGUUAGUGACGAUGAGUAG